AUGCAUCAACAGCCGCAUAGACUCAAAGGAUUUCUUAAAGAUAUCGUCCUAUCAGAUGAACUUAUUGAUUUGGAACAAAUUAUGAAUCAAAUUCAUCAUUUAAACUCAGAAAAUAUCGAAAAUGUUUGCAAUGAUAUAAAAAACCAUAUUACCUGCUACCCAUUUCACAAUGAAAUCAUCAACAAUGUAAUUUCAAACCUUUUAAAACCAGAAAGACCAAAUAAAUAUCUAUAUCAAAAUUUAAGAUCAAUGUUGAAAGGUAAAGUACGCAAUGAUAAAGAUGAUGAUUUCUUAGUAUACGAUCGGGACUCUUGUACAAUUGAUGAAUUUGUAAUUAGAAAAUCAAAUAUAGACGAAUUUAUUGAAAUUUUCUCGAAUUGCAAUCCAUCAGAUUAUGAAUUAAAUACAUAUCUUUUGUUUGCAGCAAAAUACGGAAAAGUUCACACAUUCAAAUUUUUAUUAUUAAAUGGUGCAAGAAUAACAAGCACUAUUACAUAUGAUGCUAUAUUCGGUCAAAAUUUUGAAAUAAUACAUGAAUGCUUUAUUAAUGGUUGUAAAUUUGAAAAUGAAUUUGAAUUAGCUUUAUCUAUACACAAUAAUGUAAUUGCCGAUUGGAUACUUUCAAACUUUAAUCCUCGACUUUGCACUAUUGAUUUUGCUUAUAUUGCUGGAAAUAUUAGAGGAAUAAUUUUUUUAUUAAAAAAUGGAGCAAAAAUGCAACUUAGAAGUGGUCUCUCACUAUUAAAUGCAUAUUUUGAAAAAACUCAUCCAUUUGUGACGUCUUUGAUAAAUAGUUUGUUAGAAAAUUUAUGUAGCUUAAACAAACAUGAUGCAUCAAAAAUGUUAUAUUAUUUAUCCUUGGCUAGUGGUCGUACUUAUAAAUAUGAACAUGGAGUAGAUGAUACAUUUAAAAAAAUACUCAGAUCUGGCGCCGACCCUAAUUAUUUUGAUGAAGAUGGCAAAUAUUCGUUUGUUCAUAUAGCAGUUAAUUAUAACAAUCUUGACUUAUUAAAGUUAUUUUUAAAUUGUGGUUCAUAUAUUGAAUUACAAACAGGGUAUAUCGAUGAAAACCACUGUAAUAUGACCCCAUUAGGUCUUGCAUGCAAAAAUGGUUCUUUAGAAAUUGUUAAAUAUUUAAUCGAGAAGGGUGCAAACCUUUUUCAUUUUGCAUGGCAUUCUAACAUUCUUGAUUUAGCUAUGGAAUCAAGAAAUCAAGAAGUAAUUGGGCUUAUAAGAAGCUUAUAUAAGUAG